GUGGAACUGUCUCCCGAAGAAACCAGUUCUGUUGUAGCCUAUCAUCCAGCUCCCUUCUCCGUCGUUCUCUAUUACAUCAUACUCUAACUAAAUUAUCAAUGCUUUGGACAGAUCGUUUCCAAAUCUUUGGGCAAGACAUCCAGAGACUCGAACAUGCACGGGUGAAAAGUUUUAAAUAGCUCAGGCGCCUUGAUCUAUUCGGAGUCAGCGGCUUUUGCGUGUUUUGGACUUUAUCAAACUGUGCAAGUAGCACCUUUUUUGUGUUUAACAGUGAAGAGUUGUGGACCUCAUAUUAUUAUGCUGGUGUUGUGAUAUACUUCUCUGGACUAUUUUCCAUAUCUUAACUGCGCAAAAUGAGACAUUGGAGUUGGAAUAACUUUCUUAUAGCUUUAUAUAUGUUGUCCCAGACAACAGCAGUUGACCACACAGACUCUAUUUUCAAUGCCGCCGGGAGCAACAUGGACCAGUCCAGCCUGGGAGGCGGUGCCAUCGCUAAGCUACAUCGCUACCCGACAACCAUUCCAGUGCAGCUGGGAGGGAGAGACCGGAGCAGGCCCCUCAGCCAGCUUCCAGCCAGGAGUCACCCUGCGUCACUGCAGCUGCUUGUCGAAGCGGAAGGCCAACAGCUGGUCCUGGUACUGGAGAAGAAUGAGGGUCUGUUCGCAAGCCAUUACACUGAGACACAUUACCUGGAGGAUGGGAGUGCAGUCAUCACAGCCCACAACGUCACGAGUAAUUGCUACUACCACGGGCAGGUGCAGGACCACCCCUACUCUGAUGUCACCAUCAGCACCUGCUCCGGCCUCCGGGGCUUAAUUGCACUUGAAAACAAAACCUAUAUCCUGGAACCAGCAUUUGAGCCUGACAAUGGUACCCACCUCAUCUACCGAGGAGAAGACCUCAACCUGUCCCCUGGAACCUGUGGACAUGGCUUCAACCUGUCCUCUGUCACCCUUGACAACCACUUGAGGAGCCCAUUUCAGUCAUUCAGCACCAGGCACAAAAGACAUGCUCAGAAGGCCACGAAGUACGUGGAGCUGAUCAUUGUUGCUGACAAUAGAGAGUUUCAGAAGCAGGGAAAGGACGUGGAGAGAGUGAAACAGAGACUGGCCGAGAUAGCCAAUUACGUGGAUAAGUUCUACCGGGCCCUGAACAUCCGUGUGGCGCUGGUUGGCCUGGAGGUGUGGAGCGACUCCGACAAGUGUCCCGUCACCCAGGACCCCUUCACCACGCUGCACGAGUUCCUGGACUGGAGGAAGGGGACACUGCUGCCUCAGAAGCCCCACGACAACGCUCAGCUCAUCAGCGGGGUGUACUUCCAGGGGACCACCAUCGGCAUGGCCCCCAUCAUGAGCAUGUGCACGGUGGAGCAGUCGGGGGGCAUCGUCAUGGAUCACUCCGAAAAUCCACUGGGCGCUGCCGUGACUCUGGCCCACGAGCUUGGGCACAACUUUGGGAUGAACCACGACACACCUGAGCGGGGGUGCGGCUGUAGGAUGACGGUUGACCGUGGCGGCUGCAUUAUGACCCCUUCCACAGGGUACCCUUUCCCCACGGUGUUCAGCACCUGCAGUAAGAAGGACCUGGCAGCCAGUCUGGAGAAGGGCGUGGGCAUGUGCCUGUACAACAUGCCCGAGGUCAAGGUGCUCUACGGGGGGCAGAAGUGUGGCAACGGCUACGUGGAGGAGGGAGAGGAGUGUGACUGUGGAGAGCUGGAGGAAUGUUUGAACCCCUGCUGCAACGCCACCACAUGCACUCUGAAGGGAGAUGCGGUGUGUGCCCAUGGACAGUGCUGUGAAGACUGCAUGCUCAAGCCUGCUGGCACGCCCUGCAGAGAAUCCAGUAACUCCUGUGACCUGCCAGAGUUCUGCACUGGUGCCAACCCCCACUGCCCGGCCAACGUUUACCUCCACGACGGCCACGCCUGCCUCAGCGUGGACGGAUACUGCUACAAUGGCAUCUGCCAGACCCACGAGCAACAGUGCAUCACACUGUGGGGACCAGGAGCCAAGCCCGCCCCAGGGAUCUGCUUCGAGAGGGUCAACUCUGCAGGAGACCCAUAUGGGAAUUGUGGGAAGGACUCCAAAGGCACCUUCGCCAAGUGUGAGGCGCGGGACGCUAAGUGUGGCAAGAUACAAUGCCAGGACGGGGCCAACCGACCUGUGAUUGGCACCAAUGCCGUUUCCAUAGAGACAAACAUCCCUCUUCAGGAAGGGGGGCGUAUCUUGUGUCGGGGGACCCAUGUCUACCUGGGUGAUGACAUGCCCGAUCCUGGACUGGUGCUGGCUGGUACCAAGUGUGGCCAGGGCAUGAUGUGUCUGAACCGUCAGUGCCAGAACGUCAGUGUGUUCGGGGUGCACCAGUGUUCAGGGAAGUGCAGUGGACGAGGGGUGUGCAACAACAAGAAAAACUGCCAUUGCGAGCCACACUGGGCUCCGCCCCUUUGCGCGAACGCUGGGUUUGGAGGUAGCAUCGACAGUGGGCCUACGAGACUGGCAGAUGUGCGUGUGUGCGUAUUAAUGUGCGUGUUGUCGUAUGUGACGUCAGCCGACAGCAAGGUGGUUACCGUGGCGAUCCUCGCGGCUCUCCUCAGCCUGCUGGGCGUGGCCUCCGUGGUGUUCCUGAAGAGGAAGACCCUGGUGCGCCUGCUCUUUACCAACAAGAAGAGCACCAUGGAGAAGCUGAGAUCGGUGGGGACCAGACCGACCAGUCCCACGAGAGGCCAUGGGUACCACAGGUCCCCUCCACACCAGCCCUCUGCCAAGCCUCAGGGGGGUAACACAUACAAGACGUCCCACUUCAGCUCGGAGCCUCUCUUACCCCCGCCCAACUUCCACUCCCACAGCCUGCGCCGACUGCCCCACUACCAGCCCAUACACAUCAGCCACCCCAUGCCCGUGUCCCUCAGCGUGGGCCAGCUCACCCUGCCCCCGGUGCCCCCCCACCACAGGGCCCUGCCACCUCACACCCGCUUCUCAUCCUCCCGGGCUCCGAGCUUCCAAAGCCUGCCCCGCCAGCAAGCUUACAGACUGGAUCAGGAGCGUGAGAAGCCCAGCCCUCCCCAGAAGCCGUUGCCUGCCGACCCCCUUGGAAGGACCUCCAGACUGGGCCGCAAUCACUUGGCAAUGGGGGUCCACCUGCCUGGCCCUGGACCCCUGCCUAUCCCCAUCCCCACCGUGCCCAGGCCUCCUCCAGCCAUCCCGCUACCUAACAGGCCUGCGCCCAUGCAAACCCUGAGACUGCCGAAGCCUCACUACGAGCGCUGACCUCACAAGGCUGAGGCGGAGUCAUGAAGAACUAGGAGA